AUGCCUCGUGUAGCAAACAAGGUUCAUCGCCGUUCCAACGGCAACACCACCCCUCAUAAGAACUCCCCCGUCAAGAUUCCCCUCAACGAUGAUAUGGUCGAGAAAGCGGCCCGCAUCGGGGCACGCCAGGCGCAGUAUGAUCGUCAGAUGAGCCAGAUUAAAGCUGCUGUCAAAACCCCGAUGCCUCCGCGGCGAUACACAACACAUGACCGCGAUGGAAGCGAAAGUCCAGGAACCCCGCGCGGAUCGAGCCACCGCGGUCGCGGAAGCGAUGUGAAUGGCCGCGGUGUUACCCCCAUGAAGCGUGUGCCCAUUCUGGCCAAUUUCGAAGAGUGGAUGAAGAUGGCGACCGAUAACAAGAUCAAUGCGAACAACUCCUGGAACUUCGCUCUUAUCGAUUAUUUCCACGACAUGUCUCUCUUGAAGGAGGGAGACGGUGUGAAUUUCCAAAAGGCUAGUUGCACCCUCGAUGGGUGUGUUAAGAUUUACACAAGUCGAGUGGACAGUGUCGCAACGGAAACUGGACGGCUGCUGAGUGGCUUGGCCGAUAGCCGUGAUAAGAGAGGGCGUGAUAAUGAUGCCGAAGGCGAAGAGGGUGACGACGAUGAGGAGGGUGAGGAUGGGGCGCCGCGCAAAUCGCGCAAGAAGACACGAUCUCACGAGGCUACAUUGGCUCCGUCAUUUUCAUCAUUACAACUGAAGAAGUUUGAGCUAGAAUUUGCCGUGGAUCCGCUCUUCAAGAAGGCGUCUGCCGACUUCGAUGAAGGAGGCGCAAAGGGCCUGUUGCUCAACCACCUGGCCAUCGAUAGUUUCGGACGAAUUGUUUUCGACAGCAGCGACGAUGCUGUGGAUGAAUCCUCAAAGACGGCAGAGGGAGAGGACGACGGACAGAACUCUACCGACCCAGAAUCACAAGCCGAUGAUCAAACGAAGCCCGCCCCUCAGACCGCAAGCGACACAUUCGAGGACGACCCCGAUAUUGAUCUUGGUACGCUGGCAAGCCAAUUUUUCCCAGAUCUGGAUCGUCUCGGGGAGCAGGAUAUCUGUCCUUCCCUCAAAAACCUUGACUUGGGAGACCCAGCUGGAACACUGGAUAUCCCACUUCUCAAGGCACCCGAGGAUUGGCGGCAUGAUAAGAACAACGAAGGUGAGGGCGACGAUCCUUCGGGCAUCAUGCUUGAUGACGACAACGCUGUUGGCUUUGAUGAUGAUGACGCCUCACUGGCUGGUUUCGACCUGACUGGUGACGCUGGCUUCGGUGACGGAGGAGAGGCGUGGGCAAGAGAGGCCGCUUUAGAACCGAUGCUCAAGGUUCACCGAUUAGAGGAUGGCGAUGGCGACGGCGAUGAAGACAUGGACCGUGAAGAUGCUUAUGCCGUUACUAUGUCUCAUCAGCCGAGCAAACAGGACCACGAGAACAUUCUCAGUUACUUCGAUAAUGCACUCCAGAAGAACUGGGCCGGUCCAGAACACUGGAAGAUUAAGAGGAUCAAAGAGCACACGGCAGCCAGCACAUCUGCCCCCAAGCCACGAAAAGAGAAGGAGCCUUUCGAGAUUGACUUUGGAGCACCUUUGGAUCAUGCCAUUGCCGAGUUGAUCUAUACUCCCGCCAGCUCCAACUCGGCUGUCUCACUACCAAAAACACAAUGGAAAACAAAGGGACGAAACCUGCUCCCUGAUGACAAGCACUUUAACUCACGCAAUCUGCUUCGACUUUUCCUCAAGCCCAAGGCGCGCAUGGGCUCGAAGAAGCUUUUGGGCAGGCGAGCAGCUCCCCGCCCGGAGCAAACUUCUGGAAAUGGUGACAUGGACGAGGCUUUCUGGGCGAAUCACAAGGUGGAGGAUACUGGCGAUCAGGAUGGUGUCGCUGGUGCCUAUGAUGCCAACUUCUUUGCUGAUGACGAUGGCCUUGCUUUCCCCAAUGGCAUGGACAUGGACGAUGAGGACGAUAACAUGCCAUUUGCCGAUGCUCGAGAGAUGUUGUCUCCGCCGACUGACGGGCUCUCUGGCACAUCAGCCGGAGACGGUAGCUCACAAACUGGCCUCACUGCACUACUGAAUAUGGUUGGAGCUACUCCUGGAAAGCCUGGUGGUGGGUAUGGCUCUCAGCUGGUAACCCAGGGCGGCCGUCGUGCGCGCCCGGAUUACGUCAAUUAUGCCCGUGUCGCUAAAAAGGUGGAUGUGCGACGACUCAAGACCGAGAUGUGGAAGGGAAUGGGCGAGCGUCUGAUUGCCACCACCGACUUUGGCGCUGCGUCGCAGCCCGAAGUUAUGUCUAGUGAACCACCAGCCGAGCCCGAGAGUGAAGCUGACGCCCCCGAGCCGCCAACACCACAGACAAGUAGCCCUGACCGCAGGGACGACAGACUACGGUUCACCCAGAUUAUGAACUCUCUGAAGACCGUCUACCCCAACGAAACACUGCGUGACAUCAGUACGUCCUAUGGUUUCAUUUGUCUUCUCCAUCUGGCCAACGAGGAAGGCCUUGUAUUGGAGAGCGAUAUGCAGAAAAUAGCCGACGGAGCUUGUAGUCUGGAAGAGAUCUUUGUCAGUCGAGAUGUUAACGCCGUCCGCGAUGAAGGGGGUGUCAUGCUGUGA